AUGCCUGCACAGUUACCCUACGAUGUUCCUUGGGCCGCACAUCCGCUCUCAGACCGUGAUGCCUAUGAUGUGGAUAUUGAUAUUUUGGCUCAACAUUUUACGAGCUUAACUGUUAAAGAUGUCCCAAAGACUCCAUCCGUUCCAGGGGCUUACCCUGAAACACCACGAGUACAACUCAGUCCUAGGGUGAAAAAGAUCAUCAAUUUCCUCAGUUUAUAUUCUGAGAAUAACCGCGAGAUGGUCAAGAACUGCGCCCGACAACUGUGCGACGUUACGGAUGCGGACAUGUUCGAAAACAAGGCUCUUAAUGCCCUCUCGUUGUUGGUGACCGACGGCAACACUCAAACACUCCAGGAACCCGCAAAGCACCUUCGUGAGCUUCUCUUCGUCGCAAAGAAGGGUGUCAGGUUCUCCCAGGCACCCCCUGAUGAUGAUGUCUUUGGGACACCGUCCAAUACCACCAAUUCUGCAAAAGAUGUCCGUGUAAAAAACGAGCCACCGUCGUCGCAUAUUUCCCUCCAAACCACUGAACUGACGGAUUCUCAAGUCCCGCAAAAGACGGAAAACCAGCCCAUGCAGCCACCCAUGCCCGUCCCGAUCCCCCUACAACCCUCAGCUGAGAGCUCUGCUCAACAUGAUCCCCCCCUUCAUGGGUCACAGGAUCCUCGAUGUAAGGGCAACCUCAAGAUGGCCGCACAGUGCAAGCCUAGCAGAGGGAGAAUCCAAAGAAAUGAAUAA